AUGGAGGAUUUGGUGUGGAAGUCAAAGGACCCUGAUGUUGCGCUUGUUCACCAGAUGCCCUUUUACACUGACCAGCGGGGAUUCCUUAACGCACUGGAGAAGAUCUGUUUCGCCUGCGCUCUCGGCAGGAGCGCAAUGUCACUCAACUACAUGGGUGUCCUCUGUUUCACCGGCAUGUCCUACAUCGUAAAGAAGCCAAUCCUGGACAAGUACGGUGGAUACGCAUACUUUGGCAAAUACCUGGCUGAGGACUUUUUCUUUUCGAAAGAACUACACAAAAAGUAA